AUGGGAGAUGAAGAUUUGAUAGAAUUGAAAUUCAGACUCGGAGAUGGAACCGACAUUGGACCGAGUAAAUACAGUCAAUUCAUGACUGUUGCAUCUCUCAAGGAGAAAAUCAUUGCUCAAUGGCCUAAAGAUAAAGAAAAUGCUCCAAAGAUGAUAAAUGAGAUCAAGCUUAUCAAUGGUGGCAAAAUAUUGGAGAACAAUACAACAAUUUCUGAAGUUAGAUCAUUACCGAUUUGUGAACUUUCUGGAAUUGUAACUACAAUGCAUCUUGUUCUUCGUCCUCCUAUCUUCGACCCAAAAAAAGGAUGA